CCGUGCACGAUGCGAUGGUUUAAGAAAGACGGGUAUUAAGAGAAGAGCGAGCAACAUGUCUGCAAAAAGCAUUCGUGGCUCCAUGGGAGAAGUUCCGCCGCCAAAAUCCCUCACGAGACCUCUCGGGCCUUACCUCGCGACUGUUUGGUCAUCAUAGAGCAAAGAUGCUCUUUCGGGUUCUUACAACAUGAUCAUGCCGAAUGCUCAGCUCACCCGCACAACAUGCCAUGUCCUGCAAAAAUGAGGGCGGAGACGCCUCCGAUUCAUCUCUGUGGGGAGGCUCGAGCUCGGAUGGCGAUAGCGGCAGCGGCAGCGACGGCGACGCGCUGCAGCCCGCAAUCCAAGCACUCCCUUUUAACAUUUCAGGGCUCUUCUUCUUUCGGAACCUGAUCGACCAGCCUCUCCAGGACGAUAUUGUCGCUGAAAUCGCAUCGCAAAAAUACUUUGAUAGAGAGCGCGACCAGGUGAUGCUCUUCGAGAGCGCGGUAUCUGAUACCUCCAACAGGUGUUUGCCGACAUGGACAAACUCGCUUAUCUCGAAGCUUGCUGCUCUUUUGCAAGACCAAGUACCACCGAGCGUUCACGAGCUCCUCUUCUCAUCUCAAGCGCGCGCUGGUUGUGAUGUAGACCGUCAACUAAGGCAGCUUAUCGUCAAUAUGUACCGUCCGGGCCAAGGCAUCGCCGACCAUGUCGAUCUUUUGACACGCUUUGGCGACGGCGUGAUGAUCUGCUCCUUUCUGUCCGGCAUCGCGAUGGAGCUCAAGCAGCUAUCGAACAACCAGCAUGUAUCGCUAUGGUUACCAGCCGGGUCCGUCCUAAUCCUCACUGGCGAUGCGAGGUACACAUGGACACACGGAAUCGAGGCGCGAAUGGUCGAUCACGUGCAAUUGACUUCCUCUAGAAGUCGCCAGACCUUCCGUAUUGCCAGGCAACACCGUCUCUCGGUGACCAUCAGGUGGAUGCUCAAGGUGGCAGAUGUGCUCUCAGACACGACGCAAUCGCAUUUGCGAGCGUAGACGCAGCCGCCAUCCGAGGCAGCUGUAAAGUACAUGUUCUAGAAUCCUUCGCGCAACACGAGGAUUUUUUUUGAUGGGUCGUUCGGAUGAGGAGCGGUGAUGGCAAUUCUCUUGAGGGACGAAGACAACAGCGCCUUACCUUCUUCAUCUGUCGCUUUGGAGCGAAACGAUUUG